AUGUUGGCCAUCAUCCCGGCGCUGCUCCUCCUCCCCGCCGUGCUGGCGGGGGUGGUGCCCGUUCCCGCCGCGGCGCAGCUCGAGCUCGACGCGCGCGCCGUGUCGCCCAACAAGACGUGCGGGCUGGUGCAGGCGGGCGUCAACCUAGGCUAUACGUGCCCGGGGGACUUUGCGUGCUGCUCGCAGUACGGGUACUGCGGCACCGAGGACUCGUUCUGCCUGACCACGGCCGGCUGCCAGACCAGGUACUCCAACGGCACCAGCUCCUGCCGCGCGCCGCGCUCCGGCGUCACCAUCUCCGUCGAUGGCACCUGCGGCACCACCGGCAUCGGCAAGGCCGGCUACCGCUGCCCGACUACCGGCGCGACCUGCUGCUCCGUGUCGUACGUAUUACCAUCAAGCGUCACCACCUGA